AUGGAGCAUGAUGCCUCGAAAAAAAACAUUUUCAUGGGCGUCUUAUUGAAACUGGCAUUUUUGAUGGAUGCCUCAGACCCGCGGGAUCGAAUCUGUGCUUUUUUGGCCUUUCAAGAACCAAAUGAGAACCAGAUAGUACCUGAUUAUGGACUCGAGGUAAAUGAUGCAUACAUGAUAAUUUCGGAGUCAAUAGUCAAAUCGACUAACUCCUUGUCCAUUCUUGGACUUGUUCGAGGUACAAGCUCUCCUGGGUCGUUGCCGAGCUGGGUAGUUGAUUGGCGAGUGAAAGAGAUGACGCAAGGAAAUCCUUUUGAUGAAAAUUUGCUAAGUUCGAGACGAAAGUUUGAUGCCUGCAGUGGCUAUCAACAUAGAACAGUCGAUAAAAUGACAAUAACAAAGUCUCUACCAGUUAGAGGAAAGAGACUUAGCGAAAUAGUCGCAGUGUCAUCUGUGAUACACCAUGGGCACCUGCCAUUGAAUCGGCGUUUCAAGAUUGAUGAAGUUCUAAAUUCUAUAGAUUUGAACUUAACUCCAGAAAAGCGUUUUUCCCUGGAACGAGAUCAAGAUGACUUGUAUAAGAGAAUCCUGCUUGUACUGACGGCACAAGAUAUGAAUGUUUUCAAAUCUCCUUUUGACCGCGAAUAUUCUAUUAAUCGUAUGCUUCGAGCCUACCAGAACGAUGAUCGCGCAUUCAACGUUCCAGAGAAGUACCUGGAUAUCGCUAAGCAACUCAAUGAUAUCGGAGGUAUGCAUAUCAUCUAUCAAAAGAGGGUGUUUUAUAGUGGUGUUGGACUUUUCGGAUUAGGUCCAGAGCUCAUGAAGGAAAAUGAUUUGAUUUGCAUAUUGCAUGGUUCUAUCGUUCCGAUAAUUCCGAGAGAACAAAAAGCGGGAUUUGAGCUUGUGGGUCAAUGUUAUUUUGAAAAUUGGAUGCACGGGGAUCUUGUUUAUUGGAAGGAGGACGAAGGGGAUUUAUUUAAUCUUAUCUAA